CAAAAAACUAGAAAGCCUCUCCAUCUUCUCUCUGGCUUUGGCAAAGCCAGCUCUUCUAUGCAAUAUAUUGUUCGCAAUAUAUAGAAAGAAGGGCAAGAAUUUCAAUUCAUAAAUUCAAGGAGAGAAAAUGGGAGGCUGUACGAGCAAGCCAAAAGUGUUGAAGGAUGAUGGGGUUGAGGCACCUGAGCCAGCACCUGAGAAGGUGAGUGUGGAGGAGAAGGGGACUCUCGCCGCGGAGCUGGCACCUCAACAGGAACCCGAAAAGGCGGUGGAAGAGGACAAGGAGGUUGUGGCUGAGGCUCCAGAACCGGUGGCAUCCGAAAAGGUAGAAAAGGAGGAGGAGGAGGCUCUCAAUGCGGUGGUUGAUGGAGUUGAAAAUAAGAAUGGAGAAGUAAAAGAUUCCGAAGAUGAUCAAAAGGUAAAAUCUGAAGAAGAGGUAAACUCCAAAGAAGAUGACAAGGUAGAAUCUGGAGAAGUAAACUCUAAAGAAGAUGAAAAGGUAAAAUCUGUAGAAGAGGAAAACUCUACGGAAGAUGAAAAGGUGAAAUCUGAAGUGGAAGAAACUGCUGGUCCUGAAAAGCUUGAAAAAGAAGAGGUAAAACCAGCAACGGAGGCCGAAAGCCAACAAAGACUGGACAAAAAUGUAGAAGAGAAAACUGAAACUUCGGAAGAGAAGAAAAAAGAGGCAGCAAAACCAGAGGCUGACAAUGUUCCAAUAAUAUCAUUUUUCACAUCAUUUAUGGGUCAGAAACACUAAUAAUUCGUAACGCUUUUCCAAUUUAUAUAAGGCGUGCAUACAAAUUAGAGGGUCAUAUGUCACGUUUCCACAUGCUGCUUCUAGUAUGCCAAAUGAAAGCGUGAACAUUGUAGUGCGGUAUAUAUAUCACGCUUUCGUUGUUACCUUUAACCUUAACGAUGAAAUUUUGUACUCAUUACUCAUUAGUAUUAGAGCAUGAUCCCCAAUUCUUAAAUUCUUCAAGGUAUACACAA